UUUCGGGGUCCUUCCUGUCCUGAGUCGCUCCGCCCGCCUCCCGUCAAACACCGACACACCGCGGCUUAAACACGGUCAAUUCUCGGCCAAACCUUCAGGAACCGAGUGAGUACCGGAGUCAUGAUGAGCGGAAGGACGAGCGCUAUUGCCGCGGGGGUGUGCGGCGCUCUGUUUGUCGGAUACUGCAUCUACUUCGACCGGAAGAGACGGAGUGACCCCAACUUCAAGAACAGGCUGCGGGAACGAAGGAGGAAGCAGAAGGUGGCCAAGGAGAGGGCAGGACUGGCCAAGCUUCCUGACCUGAAGGAUGCUGAAGCUGUCCAGAAGUUCUUCCUGGAGGAGAUCCAGCUGGGAGAGGAGCUACUGGCUCAGGGAGACUAUGAGAAGGGCGUGGACCACCUGACCAACGCCAUCGCCGUGUGCGGUCAACCUCAGCAGCUGCUUCAGGUUCUACAACAGACGCUGCCGCCGCCCGUCUUCCAGAUGCUGCUCACCAAACUGCCCAGCAUCAGCCAGCGGAUCGUGAGUGCACAGAGUCUGAGUGAAGACGAUAUAGAAUAAGAAGAUGACAGAGAAGCUCCUCCUCCUCUUCCCGUGGACCUCCUGUGACUACUCCUACCCCACGUCCUAAAGGGAAUCUGUUUUUUAUUCCUCUGUGACAGUAGUGUGUGAUUUUUAAUUGCUACCCGUUUUUGGGGUAUUAGUCCGGCAGCCCAUCCGGACCGGGUCUACUGACGACCCACAUCCUGCAGCAGGUUCACGUUGACCCGGUUCUGUUCUAUUUAUUGUUCUGUUCUGUCUUUUCUUUAACGUUCUGAUGGAAACACUUUUUAAAAGUGAUGAUGUUUGGUUCAGUUGAAGAGGACGAACCUCUUUAGACAAAAUAAAAACAUGAACAAACCACAAA